UUCCCCCGAAAAGCAGAACAUAUCCCCAAGCAAGAGCGGAGCAGCUAGGAAGAAGAAGCAAGCCAGUGUCCCAAGCAACUCCCCCUUCCCUUCCUCGUUUCCUCCAUUUCACACACCCCCAGCGCUCUCUCCUCUCAAGAAAGAACCACGCAGCCAAAGCAAUCGAUCCGUCAUGUCUGCGUCGCCGGAGUUCUACAAGCCUGCGCCGCCGGCGUUCUCGCCGCUCCUCCUGCACGGGGCAGGAGCAGGAGUUGGAGUAGCAGGAGCAGGAGUGGAAGAAGGCUCCACGAUCGCGUGGGACGAGGAGUACCGGUGCCGGACGCCGACGGGCGGGGAGAGCCAGGUGAAGGCGCUGGGGACGUGCCCGCCGGCGCCGCGGAAGCCGCGGGCGCCCGCGCCGUGCCGGAAGCGGCUGUUCGAGGUGGAGGUGUUCAGCCUGCGGCUGGAGGAGUUGGAGCGCCUCUUCUGGCGCCCGCACGCUACGCCGCCCGCCCACAAGAAGCGCCGGAGGGUGGCCUGCCCGGAGUCGAAGAAGAGCCAGUAGAGUAGCAGUGGUAGGUGCCAGCAAGCCAAGUGGUGCAGUUUAGGUGGUGCAUGGUAGGGUGUUAACUAGGAGUACUGCGUUUUUACUAUCUAUAGCUAGUUCUACAUACUUCUGCUGGUUUUCUAUCAGCUAGAUCGGUACCUAUAGUUCCUGGAUGCUGUUUGGUGUAUCAGUGUAUGUGUGAUAGUGUCAUGGACUCGUGGUGUAAUCAGCAGCUGUCUGAAUCUGCUUCCAUGCAGCCUGUGCAAUGAGAAGCUCACUUGUACUACUAGCAUCCCCCAUCGGAGUUGCAUGCAUGUAUUUUAAAUUUGUAAUCGCUGUUCUCUGCA